ACAUGGAUGAGGUGAAGGACCUGAUGAAGUGCACCUACUACACGCAGCGCAAGCACAUCAAUGAGGGGAAAAGUGUGAAGUGGCUUAGGGAGGAGUGGCCAUUUUUGUUCGAGAUUCUCGGGAUGGCUGUCCACUAUAAGGAACUGACGGCAAAUGACCUCCAAGGAAGUUUCCUAAGAAAUUUGGAUCUGAAGGGACAGAGGCUUCUGAACUUCAUCACCACAAUCUCCGUCAGGAGGAACAAGAAGUUGUUGGAGGCGUAUGGAAGACUUCAGAGGGCCCGGGGACCGGACAGCGGCUGCUCCGACGACGUCAAGGAGAUGAUUCUGCUCCUACUCACUUACUUCGAUGAGAGAGAGGAGACCUUGUUCUGCUACGUGGAGGACACCUGCCCGCCAGAGGAGGUCGAGCUGGAGAAUUUGCCUCUAACACCAGCAGUUAUUGUCUGUGGACAAUCCUGCUUUACUGCUAAGAGGUACAUGCUGGCCCUGGAUCGCAGCGUCGUCAACGGGAACAUCUCCUCCUUCAUUUCCGCCGUGUGCCUCAUGUUUGGGAGUUACUUCUGCCUGAACAUCCACUACCCCUCCGAGCUGGCGUCCACAUUGGAAUUUCUUCAACGGUGCUUCUUCUCUAUAAAUCCAGAGAAAGGGACCAAAGUGGCAAAAUCCAAGAGCAAUCACAGUGUCAACCCUCGCGUCCUAACCCUGAUUCAGGACAUAUCUGAUCAUGAGUGGCGUGCAGAGUAAACAUAGACUGGUUUGUCUUUUCACAUUCGUCGAUAUUUCAAGUUUGUUUUAAAGAUGUUGAAGAUGUUUUUUCAAGAAGUUGUAUAUUGUUUGAUGUUCUGUCAGCUGUCAGCUGUCAAAUCAUUUUGUUCGUACUGUGUCGUACUGUGACACGGAAGUGACUCAAACGGACAGAAACUGUCACCCCCACUGUCAAACGUUUUUACAUUUGCUAAUGUAGCUCCACAGUAUACAGUCAAUCCAUCACAGAAGUGAGUGCAAACCUCAGCUUUCUCCAGAUUUGUGAGAAUGUUGCCCCAUGAAAAGAUAAAGACAUUUCACUUUGACGCACAAUAAAAAGUAGCCUAUUCACAGCUUAUAUCGCUGUUUUAAACCAUUGUUCUCUCAAAACCGUUGUAAAAUACCGCAAUUAAUGUCUCAAGAAAAGUGAAUACACCUUCAUGGCCUUGGUUCAGUCAUCACAGUACAUGUUGAUGUUUUUCUUUUGGUGAUACUCAGCUUUCCAAAGUUGGCGGCAUUCAUGAAGCUCCAAAUCAUGUCAGUCACAGUGCU